CCGUGCCACAGGUGUCACGAAGGAGCUUCAUACUCAGGGUUAUCAACAUCAUCUGCCUACGGUAUUAACGACUCCAGCAUUUGGAGAAGGGGCAAUGGAACUUGCUUUAGUGGAUAAUAAUGACAGUGAAGAGAAAGGCACUGAUGCUGGCCAGGAGAAGAGGGCAGAGGGAGAUGACUCAGAUGCGAGAAUGACUAAGCUGACUGAGGAAGCCGACCACCGGAGAAAACUUGUGGAUACUGAAGGGGUUCUGUCCUUGGAGCAUGCAGCAAGGAACUGUCAGGUCAUGUUGCGAGAUGGACCAGUCGUCGAAGUCAUUCCACUGAUGAUUCCAGAGGUUUCCGAGGUCGUCCCAGAGGAGGACACCUUCAUCAAUACGGAUUCAGAGAUAGACAGAAACAAAAUGGCAUUAUGCGUUGUCGGCAGCGAUGCAACCUGCGCAGAGGGGGAGAUAACUCAUGAAGAAAGACCAAGCAAGUGGGGACCUGAGGAAACUGAGAGGCUGGCAAUUCUUCCAUACAGAGGCAGCAGUGGAGAAGGGGAGUCAGGGGACUUAGGGAUAUGGGUUGCUGAACUGGUGGACGACCUUCAGAAAUCCGAGAGCCCUUUCCUUUGGCAAGACGAUCGAGAGAUUGAUAUUCUCGACAUCGAGUCGCCCAGUCUGACCGUGAGCUGCAUGGAGCCUUUGGUGCCCUUUGCUGUAGAGCGAGAGUGGUUGGCGAGUGCACGUGUCCUCAAUCAGGUGGACAGAAAAUGGAUAUGCAUUGUUGCCGGCGAAUCAAUUGUCAUGGUUGAUCAGGUAAAGAUAGUACUAAGGCUCCAGCAUGAUUGAUCUGCUUUUCUGCAUCUCUGCACCAAAAACAUCCAGAUUCAGUCAGAAAAUGGAUUGCAUCGUUCGUCAAUUGUCAUGGUUGACCAGGUAAAGACUACUAAAGAACGCUUAAGCAUGCCCAUUCACCUGAUUGAUCUGCUUCUCUGCAUCUCUGCAUCUCUGCACAAAACACAUCCAGAUUCACUCAGAAAAUGCACAUGUAUUGUUGCUGGCGAAUCAGUUGUCAUGGUUGAUCAGGUAAAGAGUACUAAAGAAGGGUCAAGCAUGUGCUUCUCUGCAUCUCUGCACAAAACACAUCCAGAUUCACGCAGAAAAUGGAUAUGCAUCGUUGCCGGCGAAUCAAUUGCCAUGGUUGAU